AUGGUGCAUGAAAAACGUUCCGAUGAAAAGAUAGACGGAGCUAAUGUGGCUAUUUCAGUUAAUGCUAUUGAAAAUGGCUGCGACGAUGCCGAUCCAAAGUGUCCGGAAUGGGCAGCUGAGGGCGAAUGCUCGUCGAACGCCGUUUGGAUGAUGGCAAAUUGUCGAAAGUCGUGCCAUUCGUGCCAAGGUGGCGAUAAGGCAUGGAAAUUGCGGACUCAUAUUCAGGCCAACUAUCAUAAUGCUAGCGAUAGCACGACUAGAAUUGUACGAGUUGAAAGCGUUCGAGUGAACAACGUGGAGAUAGACGAGAAGAAGCAGAACGUUAAAGUCUUCGGCCGAUUUGUCCUGAGUUGGAACGACACAAACAUCUCGUGGGACAAGAACCAAUGGGGUCUCAGCUGGCUGAACUUCUACUGGAUUCAGAUUUGGACGCCACAGAUCGUUCAGCUGAACGGGUGA